AUGUCUCCUACUGCUUUAACUAACACUACCGCUACCACCGAACCUUUGCCUGGACAUGUCGGUAAUUUGACAGUCAAGGAACAAGACAUGCUCAAGCAACUUUGGAUUCGCCUUUUCGAUCUCUUCAAGCAAAAAGGUACCGAAUAUACGCCUGUGAAGCAAGAGGAAGCUCCUGUCAAGAAAGGUGGUUGGUUCUCCAAGAAGGAAACUACUCAACAAAAGGAUGUAUUCAUUGGCACCACUACUGAUCCCACUUGGUUGACAUUGCCCCUCGAAAAGGCAUUGCCUUUGAUUCCCGGUACUCUACUUGGUAAGACUUUCUGGGGAAUGGUUGCCACUGACAACCCAGAUGCCGUCGUUCUCCGUUUCUUGCGUGCUCGUAAAUGGGAUUUGGAUGCUGCUUACAACAUGUUGACCAACACGCUUCGUUGGCGUUUAGUCCAUCGUCUUGAUGACAUUGUUGCUCUUGGCGAGAAUGGUAUUCGUGAUGAACUUAACAAAGCCAAGCCCGAAUUGGGCGAUUGUUUCAUCACUCAACUCAAUUCUGGUAAAGCCUACUUGGGUGGCCCUGAUAAGGCUGGCCGUGGUAUUUGCUUCAUCAAUGUCAACCUCCAUCACAAGGAAGAUCAACCCGUAGAAGUAAUUAAACUUUUGACCAUGUACGUCAUGGAAACAUCUCGUGUCGUUGUCCAUCAACCUGUCGAGGCUGCUUGUAUUGUUUUCAACAUGGAUGGUUUCACUCUCAAGAACAUGGAUUUCGAUUUUGUCAAAUUUUUGGUAACCUGCUUCGAAGCAUAUUACCCCGAGACUUUGGGCUCUUGUUUGAUUCACAGAGCUCCUUGGGUCUUCUCUACCGUUUGGAACUUGAUUACUCCUCUUUUGGAUCCUGUUGUUGCUACAAAGAUUCACUUCACCAAGGACUACAAUGAAUUACAAAACUUUGUCGACAGCGCUGCUUUGCCUGGUAACAUCACUGGUGAUAAGGAGAAGAAGACCUUGGAUGAAAAGAAGAUUGAUCCCGUCCCUGCUGGUAAAUUGGAUACACCUACUACUCCUGCCUAUCAAGAAUACCAAAACAUGAUCAAGGAAUAUCAAAUUGAGACACUUGAAUGGGCCAAGUCCAAGUCUGUUGAAGGUGGCGAAGUUGCCGCUCGUCAUGAACUCGCUAGACAAUAUCGUCUUGCUCGUUUUGCUACUGAAUUAGACAUCAGAGGUCCUACUGGCUACCAAGCCAAGGGUCUUGUUACUAUUAAGGAUAAUCGUGUCUUGCUCAACUAUGGUAGUGAUGGCUGGACUCCUUUGGACAUCACCGAAUCUGUUUAA